UCAUAAAAAAUCUUAAAACAAAAAAAAUUUGGAACAAUGAUUGAACCGUACGAGCCAAGUUUGUUAUGGCUGAUCAUCGUUGGAUUUUUGGUUGCAUUUGGAAUGGCCUUUGGCAUCGGAGCAAAUGAUGUGGCAAAUUCAUUUGGAACCAGCGUUGGGUCUAAGGUGCUCACGAUAAGACAGGCUUGUUAUUUGGCUUCUUUCUUCGAGAUCAGUGGAUCUGUUUUAAUCGGUUAUAAAGUGUCGGAUACAAUGAGGAAGGGUAUUUUGGAUUUAUCGAUGUACGAGGAUGCUGAACGAGAGCUGAUGUUGGGUUGUAUUGCAAGUUUGGGUGGCAGUGCCAUUUGUAUGUUAUUAGCAACGUUUUGAGGUUACCCAUUUCUGCUACGCACAGUAUUGUUGGAUCCACUGCUGGUUUCAGUUUGGUUGCAAGAGGCACGAGGGGCCUACACUGGAGCACCCUGUCAUCGAUAGUCGCCUCCUGGUUCAUUUCACCAGCUUUGUCCGGUGCCAUUUCAGUUUGCAUUUAUUAUUUGAUAAGGACGU